AUGGACGAAGGGAUGGAAACUGCAAGUAAAGCAUCAGUGAUAUAUAACGCAUCAGGCAAAGGAUCGCCAUCGUCAGACCCAGAAGCACAACAACCACAACAGCAACUGCUACAGCUAUGUGUUGUUUGCGGCGAUGUCAGUGAUGGACCGCAUUUUGGAGCUGUAGCAUGCCGAGCCUGCGCAGCUUUCUUUAGGCGCACAGUUUCGUUGAAGCUCGAAUAUACUUGUCGAGCUAAUUCAAACUGUCAGAUAGACAAGUGUGGGUUUGUGAUCAUUGUUUCUUGCUCCAAAAUGACUGUGCAACUUCCGCGUGACGGUAUCGGUAAGCACACUAAUGUUACUAAAAAUCGAAAAGAACGAAGCCACAUGAAGAAACCGUCCGAUGGAGAAUAUAUAAAUUUGACUAGGCAUGCUGAUCAGAUAUUCCCCAACGAUGAAAGACCACAUUAUCCAACUAAGCUGUCUCUCGCAGAAUUAUGCCCUGCACAUCAUGUAGAUGAAAGUGAAUUAGCUUAUUUGUGCAAAAUGUCUGAGGGUUACCAUCACUUUUUAGCUAUUCGUCGUGCAACACAGUCAUUAAACGGCGGUGGCAAUGUUUUCAACGCAUUUUGCUCUACUGGGGAACCACAAAUGACAAAUUAUGAUGAAGCCAAAAGGUGUUGUAAGAUGGAGUCGCAUAUACUGACGGAUAUUGUAAACGAAUAUUUUCCUCCAUUCAAUGAAUUACCUGUUUCAGAUAAAAUAACCGUUUUCAAAAACUUCUACAGUUAUUUUGCAUAUGCUGCAAGAUCGUUUGCGACUUAUGAAACAUUUGGAAAAGAUGAUGACGAAGACGACCGCAUUCUGAUGCAUGAAGGUGGUUUUAUUAAAUUAAGUGAAUUGGAAAAGUUUUACGAGAAUACUGUUAAAUGUACAGCCGAUCCAAAGGAUGCUGCCAGGAUAUUUCUUCCUGCGCAGCGUUACAUUUUGGAAGUUGUUGUAUCACAUAUGAGACGAAUCAAAAUGGUUGAAGCGGAAUUUCUAGCACUUACUGGAAUGCUGCUAUGGAAUGACUGUUUGUCUUUUUUUAGUUUUCGCCUUGGCAGUUUUGAACUGUUUCAUAAAAAAACCACUCUUAACAAUGCGGAAGAACCUAUAGAAAGGCAUAUUUCUCUCAAAAAACUUGUGUUGUGUUCGUCAGUUGCGAGAAGCUUAUUUGAAUGUUUGCUUCAGCUCUACAAUUUUCCCGGCCAUCUCUUCGCACAAGGCAUAAUCGGUCUGGAAGCAGUGAACCGAAUUACCAAUAUUAUGCUUUUGUUACCGAAGAUUCAGAAAGCUACCUGGGAUAUGAACCUAAAUUUCGAAAUGGCUGCAAUCUUCAACAUCUUUGAAGCUGAUGAGUGUUGUAAGGACUUCUCGCUUCAAUAA